UUCCGCCCGCCCAGGAUGGAGGCGCCCGCCAGCGCGCAGACCCCGCACCCGCACGAGCCCAUCAGCUUCGGCAUCGACCAGAUCCUCAACAGCCCGGACCAGGACAGCGCACCAGCCCCGCGGGGCCCCGACGGCGCCAGCUACCUGGGAGGGCCUCCCGGGGGCCGUCCGGGCGCCACAUACCCGUCUCUGCCCACCUCCUUUGCCGGCCUCGGCGCGCCCUUCGAGGACGCGGGAUCUUACAGUGUCAACCUGAGCCUGGCGCCCGCCGGCGUGAUCCGGGUGCCAGCGCACAGGCCGCUGCCCGGGGCCGUGCCACCUCCUCUGCCUAGCGCGCUUCCUGCCAUGCCCUCCGUGCCCACGGUCUCCAGCCUGGGAGGCCUCAAUUUCCCCUGGAUGGAGAGCAGCCGCCGCUUCGUAAAAGAUCGUUUCACAGCGGCGGCGGCGCUUACGCCCUUCACCGUGACCCGGCGCAUUGGCCACCCUUACCAGAACAGGACGCCGCCCAAGCGUAAGAAGCCGCGCACGUCCUUUUCUCGGGUGCAGAUCUGCGAGCUGGAAAAGCGCUUCCACCGCCAGAAAUACCUGGCCUCGGCCGAGAGGGCGGCGCUCGCCAAGUCCCUCAAAAUGACGGACGCGCAGGUCAAGACCUGGUUCCAAAACCGGAGGACCAAGUGGCGGCGGCAGACGGCGGAGGAGCGGGAGGCGGAGCGGCAGCAGGCGAGCCGGCUCAUGCUGCAGCUGCAACACGACGCCUUCCAAAAGAGCCUCAACGACUCUAUCCAGCCCGACCCGCUCUGUCUGCACAACUCGUCGCUCUUUGCUCUGCAGAAUCUGCAGCCCUGGGAGGAGGAUAGCUCCAAGGUCCCCGCCGUCACCUCUCUGGUGUGAGCCACCGGCGCGCACCGUCGCCAAGUAUCGCCGCCCCGACCCGGCGGGGCGCCCCGGGCCCCCAGCCGGGCUGGGGGGGGGAGUCGAGGCCGAGACGGGAAGGGCCAGCCAAGCUCAAGUAGGCCCGGGGGCGCGGCCGCAUCCCCGCCGCCUGCGGAGGGGGCUGGGCCCGGGCUCCGCGCGGCUGCACA